AUGGGUCUCCUAUUCGCGACUGCUUUCUCCCUAGACGUUGGUGAUUUAUUUCCUUUGAUUCUGCAUUUGUAAACCUCUUUUUGAGGAUUCUUGCUUGCGUGUGAGUGGAUCGGGGGUCCCAGAUUUGUCCGUUUGUGCUGCAGAUUUGCUAUGUUCAGCAAUUUGAAAAGUUAAACUUUUGAAAUUUCAAAUUUUUUGGUUUCCAGCUGCUGGGUUUUGAAUCCCGAUUGAAGACUUGGCGUUUAGCACUGAGAUUACAGAUUUGUCCGUGCAUUUUUGGCCCUUAUGGGCAGGAAAAAAGUGAAUUCAUUAGGCAAAGAUGAUGUGCCUUCAGUGGAUGAGGUAUUUAAAGCUUAUGGGAUAUGUGUGGACUCCAUUAAUGAGCAACUAGUGAAGGUGGGACAAGCUUUGGAUGGUAGAGUUAAUGAAGCUCCUCCAUUAAAGGCGAAGACCACAGUCGUUGGUUCAGCUAAAGGUGAGGGAUCACAGGCAAUAAAGGGUUCUAGAGACCAGGUCUCAGAGUCUAGUCAGAAGAAAUCCAAGGAUGUUUUGCUGGAUACUCCUGUAUGCAUCAAGGACGAUCAGGAAGGAGCUUGUCUCUCGGUUCAAGAAGCCACCACGAGUAAUGUUAGUGCUUCACCCAGUGUUUCCAUAACCUUGGGUGAAAGCAACACUGUCUUAGAGAGUUUGCCAGUGAAGGAAGUUCGUUAAGAUCCUGCUCAGAAAUGGGAGGGUGCUAGUAAAGCUCCAUGGAUUGAUUUAUUUAAGGAUAAUAGGCAUCCGUCCAAGGACUUAUCUCUGCAGUUCAUGGAUAACCUUUUGGAAAUCCCAAAGCUUAAGCAGGAACAUGUUAUUGAUGUUCAUUCGGCGUAGGGCUACAAUCUUGUUGGCUAUUUUGUUAGUCGAUUCCCAGAUACAAAGUUCUCUCGAGUGGCCCAUACACUGUCUUUGGGAGGCCUUUAAUGUUGAAGGUUAUGCCACCUUACUUUGAGUUUGAUGAUCAGAAUGUUUGCUUUAUGUCGGUUUGGGUUAACCUUCCCGAUUUGCCAUUAGAAUGCUGGACCCAAGCAAUGUUGAAUAUUAUUUUCUCUAAGGUGGAGAAACUCAUCUCUACUGAUAGUGUUACAGCUAUGAGAGGCCAGUUCUCGUAUGCUAGAGUAUUGAUAGAGAUUGACGCUUCCAAGGAGUUAGUGAAAUUGAUUUGCUUUAAACUCCCAUCUGGAAAGUUAAGAUCUUAGCUAGUUCUGUAUGAGUUUGAGCCUAAGUUAUGUGCUCACUGUAAAGCUUUUGGGCACUCGUUGAAGGGAUGUCAAGCUAAUAGGAUGGAGAAAGAUUCAAUAAAGGUAGCGGAUGUUAAGGCCUCAGAGAGCAUGCCAGCGGAUAGUUUGAUCAAGUCUUUGAGUGUUAAAGCAAUGGUUAUUUUGAUUUCUCCUUCGAAUGUUUCGAAUCAGGUCAUGCUUGACCCGCCUAAUGAUCCAAGUCCUUCAGGAUAGCCUAGAGUGGAUGGGUCUUCUCAUGUCCCUGGCCAUUUGGCCGCUCCAGAAUGUGAAGCCCAAGUGGGUUCAGUUACAACUCAUGGUCAACUCAAUCAGAUAGUUAAAGAGUCAGAUACUCAGUUAUGUCAUGAUGCUAUAACUCAGAGGGACAUGCCAUGGGUGGAUCCCCUAGGAAAAGCGAUUCAGCGAGAAGCUCCUUUUGUGUCAAUUGCGUCCAAAAAGAAAAGAGUUAAUAAGCAAGCUCCUAUGGAGGAGGUGCAGGAAGUGGAUGAACAAGUUGCUAACAGAAAGAUCAAACAGAAGGGUAUGCAUGUUGAUGCAAAGAAGGGAAUUUCAAGGCAGCAGAAAGUGAUUAAGAAGGGCACUAGCCCUCUUUGAUCAUAAUGAUUUGUGCGUGUUGGAACAUAAGGGGCUUCUCCUUUUCCCUUAAGCACAAUGGGGUCCGGCACCUCAUUAAGGAGCAUGGUAUCGAUGUUUUGGCUAUUCUUGAGUCCAAACUCAAUGUGAGCAAGCUUGCUUGGAUCAUGAGAGUUAAAUUCCUAGGGUGGAUGCAGGUUAUAACAAUUUUGAUCUUCACGAAGCUGGUAGAAUCAUGGUCAUGUGGAACCUUUCCAAAGUGGCUCUUGAGCCAUUAGGUUGUUCUCCUCAAGUGAUUCACUGUAAGAUCUCAUGUUUGGUCUCAUUGAAAGUUUUUAAUAUGAGUUUUAUUUAUGGCCUUCAUUCCAUUGUCAGCCGGAGGCCAUUGUGGAAUAGUAUAAUGGAGUUUGGAAUGCAAUGUUCUAAUCCAUGGCUAUUGCUUGUGGACUUUAACAAUGUCCUUAGAGUAGAUGAGAGGUUCAAUGGAGCGGAUGUCUUCACUUAUGAAAUCAGUGACUGUCAGGAUUACUAUUUAUCGGCUGGCCUUUCUGAUUUACAGUCCAUGAGAUGUUUCUUCACAUGGACAAAUAACUCGGUGUUGUCUAAAAUUGACAGAGUUCUUGUUAAUCCUCUUUGGUGGGCAGCGAGGUUCUCGGGUCUGGCCCAUUUUCUUCCCCCAGGUUGUUUAUCCGAUCAUUCAACCAUCAUUGUAUCGUUAUUUGAUCAAGUUAUGGGCAGGAAGAAACCAUUUGGGUUUUUUAAUAUGUGGUCAAAUCAUGAAGAUUUUCAAACAGUUGUGGAGUCUACUUGGAGGAUGAAUGUUCGAGGCAACUGUCAGUUUGUUUUGUGCAAGAAAUUGUUCUUUCUUAAAGAGGCCUUGAAGAAGUUAAAUGCCAAUCACUUUAGCCACAUAUCGGUCAGGGGGAAUAGAGCUUCUAAAGCUCUUGAGGAUGCCCAGUUACAGCUCUCAUGUCAACCUGAUAACGAGGUCCUGCAAGGGGAGUUGCUUGGUUUAUGCAAGGAAGCUAAGGUUAUUGAGGAUGCUGAGCACCUGUUCUUUUCUCAUAAAGCCAAGUGUUCGUUUCUUAGAGACAGCGACCGUUGAACAAAAUUCUUUCAUGGUUUGGUUAAACGAAAUGCUAAAAGAAACUUUAUUACUGCUGUGUAUAGGGAGGAUGGGGUUCCCACUUGUUCUGCUAAAGAGGUUGAGGAUGAGUUUAUCCGAUUUUAUAAAGGUUUGCUUGGAUCUUCAUCUUCUUACCAUCCUAUUGAUCCUAAGGUUCUUUGGUCGGGGCACUAUAGUUCCAGUGAUCAAGCUAUGGCUCUUACUGAUAACAUUUCAUCACAUGAGAUUGCAGAUGCUCUCUUUAGUAUUGGGGAUGAUAAAUCUCCGGGGCUGAAUGGGUUUUCCUCACUUUUCUUUAAGAAAUCGUGGAACAUUAUUGGUUAUAAUUUUUGUAAAGCUAUUCUAGAGUUUUUCAUCUAGGGCAGAAUACUCAAAUAGAUGAAUCACACAGCCAUAGUGUUGAUUCCUAAAUCAGCCCAUGCAUCAUUGGUUGGAGACUUUCGUCCCAUAUCUUGAUGCAAUGUCUUUUAUAUGGUUAUCUCCAAAAUAUUGGCGUCAAGACUUGCUUUUGUACUGGAUUCUAUUAUUGACCAAGCUCAAUCGACGUUUGUCAAAGGGAGAAGCAUGGAAAAAAAUAUCCAUUUGGCUCAAGAGAUUCUACGAAGUUACAACAAGAAAAGGAUUUCUCCUAAAUGAGUCAUCAAGAUUGAUUUGAGGAAGGCUUAUGACACAAUUUGUUGGGAUUUUCUAAGCUCUAUCUUGGUUAGAUUUGGGUUUCCUGAGCAGUCCAUUUGCUGGUUGAUGGAGUGUGUCUACCCCAUCAUUUUCCAUCAUGAUCAAUGAUAGCCUUUGUGGCUUUUUCAAGUGUAAUAGGGGCCUCAGGCAAGGUGAUCCUCUGUACCUAUUUUUGUUCGUUCUUUGUCUGGAAUACUUGUCCAAGCUUCUGAGGAUCAAUAUUGAUGGGUUAAACUUCAAUUUUCACCCUAAAUGCGGGCAUUUACAGAUUUCUCACCUAGCAUUUGCUAAUGAUUUGAUGCUUAUGGCUAGAGGUGAUUCCCUGUCUGUUAAAAUUCUGAUGGAAUGUCUUAGGAAUUUUGCUACUUGCUCGGGCAUUUAGGUGAACGAGCUUAUGUCAUGUAUUUUUACAGUAGGCAUUGUUAAUCCUAAUUUAGAUCACAUCUUGGCCC